AUGGCAAAGUACUUUGGUAAGUCAGAGGUGUCACACAAAUGCAGUCCUCUGACCUUCGACAGUCAGGCUGUGGGAGAAAAGAUACGUCUGAGUCAUGGAGGUCGACUCGCAGAGAAGACUGAUAACACCUUCAAGAAUGGGCUGGUGUUCAGCAGCCGUCCAGUGAAGGUCCAGGAGAAGAUUCGUCUGAGAGUAGAGAGGGAUUCAUCCAUCUGGGACGGGGCUCUGCGUGUGGGCUUUACCACUGUGCCACCCUCAGCCAGAUCUCUGCCUCUGCCCUGCAUGUCCAUCCCCAACCUCACUGACAACCCCGGACACUGGGCUGUUCCAUUGGAUGAAUCUGUCUGCCAAGCAGGUUCAGAGCUGGAGUUUUGGGUUUCUUCUCAUGGCAGCAUAUACAUAGGUGUCAACAACGAGGAGUACGAGCGACUAACAGGAGUGGACACUAAACGGCCACUGUGGGCCAUGAUAGACAUCUACGGACAGACGCGCUCCAUUUUGCUCCUGGACUCCAAGAAAAACAAAAAGCUGCUUUACCGUAGAAGAUCCUGUCCUGCACCUGAACCACUCACCUCACCUGAUCCUGACAGUCACUUUCGUUCAGUUCUUGAUGUUUCAGAUUUUAGACGUGAUGACUGCAUCUCCUGUCUUGACACAGAAAUGGCAGAAGAUAACGUCUGUGUGGUGUGCAUGGUGAAAGAGGCCAGAAUCACACUGCCUUGUGGCCACCGAUGUUUAUGUAAUGACUGCAACUUCAGAGUCUGUGAGCAGUUUGGCACCUGCCCGCUGUGUCGAAACACGAUCAGCGCUCCAUCAGUGGGGGAGAGGUGGUUUAUAGAGGUCAGCUGA